AACUAGAUGUGCGUAAAUGGAAGGUAUAGAGGACAUAGCCGAUCAUCAAUCGCAUAGCGAGCAAUUACUGGACUCGGUCGAUUCUCCAACGGCGAUUUCUACGCAGGGCCGCAUUAAUAGGGGGGGUGGUGGUUCGAAUGGGAACUGUGUCGGUGGUGGUGUUGCUACUGGUAGUGGUGGAAGAGGUGGUGGUGAUGGUGAACGUGGAAGAAGUGGGGUUGUUAGGCACCACGAGGGUGGUAGCAGUGGUGGGGGUGAGGUUAUGUCCGGCUCGUCGGCUUCACAAAGUCCCGACAUCGCGUGCGCGAGAAUCCCGCUGGAAUUGUUCGCGGCUGGUGCGCUCGGCUCCGUCAAGGAGGAGCGAGACCUCGCCGCCGCGGAGGAUCUGUCUUCGUCCCAAGAACCGCCGGCGGGUCGGCCGAACGCGAGGGAGUCCCUCUCGGUCAUCGUACCCCCGCAGGACGUCGACGUCGACUCGCGGGACGCCGAGUCGGAACUCCUUAGUCCUGGCAAACUUUCGCCAACAUCCGGCAUUAGUGUUUCCGUCGCGAGUAUGAUCGACGCGACGGAUUUUAGGGCGAUGCAGCCAGAACCAACGUAUCAAACAUUGACCUCAGUGGCAGAAAGAAUGUCGCCACCUGGUUUUAGUCCUGGAUCUUCGUAUGCAACAUUGACGCCACUUCAGCCGUUGCCGCCAAUUUCGACAAUGAGCGAUAAAUUUGCCUAUGGAGGACACGGCGGCAGUGGUGUUACUGGAAGUUUUGCCGUCAUGCAAAAUAACGGCCUUGGAAACAUUGGCAUCGGAGGCAUGGGUGGCUCGCCUUACGCGUACGAUAAACUACCUUCGAUGGGAAUGUCACCUCCGCACAAUUAUCCUUCACCUGGCGGAGGUCUUCAACCAAGUCCUCUAUCACCGCAGAGUGCUUACAGUCAAAGUGCUCUGAAUUCACCUCAUAAAUCGGCUAGUCCACAUUAUGAACCAGCUUUUUUACCCAGGUUACAGCAGAGUCCCGCUGCACUAAGUCCGCCGUCGCCUCCGGUUUCGGUGGCACCAAGUUUCGCGCCAUCUCAUCAUUCCCCAACGGCACUCUCGGUACCAGCUGCAUCACCACCUCCUAUGCAGACGCAGCUUCAGCAGCAGCAACAGCAACAACAACAACAACAACAACAGACGAUUCAACAGCAGGCGAUAUCACACACGCAACAUGUGCAACACACGUCGGUCGUGAUGAAGACGGUGUCAGCGGCAGGCAAUGGUGCAGGAGAAGUCGAGGAGAUCAACACCAAGGAGCUCGCCCAGCGGAUAAGUGCCGAACUCAAGAGGUAUAGCAUACCUCAAGCGAUAUUCGCCCAGAGGGUCUUGUGUCGCAGCCAGGGUACCCUCAGUGAUCUUCUGCGCAAUCCUAAACCCUGGUCCAAACUCAAGAGCGGACGUGAGACGUUUCGACGGAUGUGGAAGUGGCUCCAGGAGCCCGAAUUCCAAAGAAUGUCUGCUUUGAGACUUGCAGCGCUGAGCAACUGCUCUGAGAGCGGCGGUGACCCGGACGCCAUGCUGGAUAUCCAUCAUCCUGGAUCUGGAAUCGACUCUCAUCACCAACAGUUUCACAACUCAUAUGCUGCCCAAAUUCCACAGCGAGGAACAUGCAAGAGGAAAGACGAGAUGGCGAGCCAGGCAGAACACCAACAGCCCGCCCCCAAGAAACCCCGCCUGGUUUUCACAGACCUUCAGCGCCGUACUCUACAGGCUAUUUUUAAAGAAACGAAAAGGCCGUCGAAGGAAAUGCAGGUGACAAUCGCACGGCAGCUGGGCCUGGAGCCGACGACAGUCGGAAACUUCUUUAUGAAUGCACGACGUCGUUCAAUGGACAAAUGGAAAGACGAGGACCCAAAAGCCCUUGCAGUGGAUGAAGGACAAUUGUCCCCAUCGCUUGGUAUUAGUCCACGACAAGCUUCUGACGUUUUGUGACAUACGUCCGACCACGAGGAGUAUCACGACGAGUCACCCGAAGAGGAUCUUCCUUUUUCGUAAAAAAAAAAAGAUCCAAAAAAAAAACUCUCGUUGAAUUAAAAAAAAUUGUUUUUUUGAUAUUUCACUUUUUUUUUCCUCAAAAAUCACAAUAAUUUUUUUUUUUUAAAUCAAUUUAAAUAAUAAUAAUAAAUAAAAAAAAAACAAUUUUGUGAUAAAUAAAAUUUUACAAUUAAUAUUGCAUGGAAAAUUAAAAAAAUUGUUUAUUGAUAAUAAAAAAAAAAAAAAAUUUUAAUCCGAAUAUUAAGUGAAGUAUCAAAAAAGCAAAUAAAAUCAAUUUAAGCCGCAGUUGUCGACGAUGAAAUCCAUCGUUUCUCUCUCGAAAAUUUAUUAAUAAUCGAAUCUCAAACAGCGAUCAGUAUUUAUGACGUGUUCUAUGUUUUAUGUUACACAAGAGAGAAAGAGAGAGAGAGAAUAAGAGAGAGUCGAAUUCGAUCGAAAGACCACGUGAUGAUACAAUGCACGUUUCGAUUUACGUGAAUAACUUUAUAAUUUUUUUUUUUUGUAUCACUCUAUAUAGAAAUGUCAGUGCCUUUAAAAUCCUUUAAUAUAAAAAUUUUUUUAAUUUUUGCAAAAAUUUAAAAAAUUAGAUUUUUUUGGUGAAAAUAGAUUUGAUUUUUUUAUAAGAAAAAAAUUUUUUUUUUAUAGGAUUUUGCAGAUACUGAUUUUUUUAACCUCUGCUCAAUGGUUUUUAAUCUAGUGCCAUAAAUUGCCAUUGUUUUUUUUUUUUUUUAAUACUUUUAAGAAUAUUUCUAGUCCUUAUAUCGUUCAGAGAAUUCUUAUUUCUAUAAUUUAAAAAGCAAAUUCAAUUAUUGUUUUGCAAAUUAAUUAUUAAAAUGAUAUGCAAAGCAAUUUUGCUGAAUCUAGUCAAAAAAAAAUUGGAAAUUUUUCUUAUUCUUUUUUGUAAAUUGAAAUAAUUUUAUUAAUAUUUCAUGGAUAAUUAGUAAUCAGUAAUUAGUGAAAAUUAUUCAAAGAAAUAUUAAGUAAGUUAAAUUUUCUUUUUUUUGCAAACAAAAUGUUGCGUGACUUGUUACUAUUUUUUUUCUAUUUGCCAUUUAUGUAAAAUUUUUAUUAUCGACAAACUUCACCUCAUACAAAAAUUAAUGAGACAUAUUUUUUUUUUUUUAAAUAUUUUUAUUCCCCUCAAUUAGGAAAUUAAAAAAAUAUUUUCUAUUUUUUUAAUACAGAAAAUCUUAAUUUUUUAAUUAUAUACACUGAAAAAAAAAUUUAUUUGAUUUAAAUACUCGAUUACUUGAGUAUUAUCAAAUAAAUAUUUAUUUGAACCAAAUAAUUUUUAUUUGAAUUAAAUAAAUUGUAUUUGAACCAAUAAUUUCUGUACUUGAAACAAAUACCAUUUAAUUGACUCAAAUAAUAAUUAUUUGAUACAAAUAAAUAUUUAUUUGAUAAUAGUCAAGUAAUCGAGUAUUCGAAUCAAAAAAAAAUUUUUUUCAGUAUAGAAAAAAAUGGUUAUUCCAAGUUAUAUUUUUAAAUCAGAAUUUAAUUCAUAUAUAAAAAUACUCUCCCCCAAAAAGAAAAGAAGAAGGAAAAAUUUCCAAUUUUAUUUUUAUCACGUCAAAAAAAAAAAAAAUGAGAUAAAAUAUUUUCGAGAAAAAAUGUUAAUUAAGAGACAAAAGAAUUUUUGGGAAAAAGAAAAAUUAACAAAAAAAAAAAAAAAAAGAGAGGGUAGAUAAAUCAUCGAGCAACUAGUGGCAGCUCAAGUCAACGAAAGUAGACUCGUCAAUUCCUCGUUGGUCACGUAAGUGUGAAAAACGUUUUUUUUAUACGGGCAUGUGCUAACGCGGUGAACUUUUUUUUUUUUUUUGCACGUGCACCAUGUGAUAUAUACAUAUAUAUAUAAAUAUAUAUAUAUAUAUAAUAUCUAUGGAUGGACGCUCUUGUGAAAAAUAAAAAAAAAAGGAGAGAGAGAGAGAAAAAAAAAUAGAGGAUAGAUAAUAUGUUAACUGCGGUGCAUCGGUGCAAAGGAGAACUCAGAGUCGCACUCAAUAUCGCGCUGUAUUGUGAGCUGUGCUUUUGUACAUACGAAACUUUUAUUACGUAAGCGAUGUUGUGUGUGUGUGUGUGUGAGAGAGAAAAAAAAGAAAUUGAGCGAAUGAAAAGAAAAAUGGUUCCGCAAAUACCGGCAUUAGCCCCAAAACAAAAUUGUUGUUCUUUUUCUCUUUUUUUUUUUUUAAACUAAUCAAAAAAAAAAAAUUAUGCCAAAAAUUUUUCCAACUAUUAUAAAAUCUUUUUUCAAUUUUUAAAAUAUUUUUUCAAUUAUAAAAAUUAUAUCAAACAUAUCAAUUUCUAAUAGUUGGAAAUCGAAACACAAAAAAACAUUUUUUCUUUGGAGAAGUUUUUCAAAUAUUUUUUUUUUCUUUUUUUUCCCUUUGACAAAGAAAUAAUUUUCAUUUUUGAAAGAGAAAGAGAGUUUCUUCGAAAUAUUUGUAUUUGGAAAAAAAAGGAGCAUUUUUUCUUCUCUUUUUUUUUUUUUUUUGAAAAUUAAGAUAUAAAUUUUUAUCGAAAUUUAUUAAGCGUUGAGAAAAAGAAAUCUCCUCUAAUUUUUUUUUUCUCCAAUCUCUCUUCUUUGUGCAUAUUUUGCCUCCAAUAAUUAUCCUCAUUAAUUAGAAGAUUGAAAAAAAAAAUGACUCCUCCGCAUCUGGAAUCAUUAUUGUAUAAAAAUUCACCGUACCAAAAUGCGGCAGUAUUCCGACUGUCGGACUAAGAUCAUAUAAUAGUACAAAGUAAACAUAUAUUAUUAUAAUAAUAAUAAUGGAGUAAAUUAAAUAUGUAAGUGAAAUCGGAGGCUGUCACCGCUUAAAGAGAAAAACAAAAAAAAACAAAACAAAACAAAGGACAUAGCAAGUAAUAGAGAUUAAUGUUGCAAAAAAAAAAGGACGCGUCGAUUUUUCAUACAAGAAGUUUCAUGAAAGAGUUUGGGGGGGGGGGUAGGGGGCAUUUAGGUGCAUAGCUGUAUAUUACGUGAUUUAACUUCGCAAAUCUCGUGUGUGAAGACGACGUUCUCCAAAAAAAAUAAAAAAAAAAAAAGAAAUUAUUUUUUUAAAACCCUUUUUCAACACAUUUUGAAUUUUUUUUAAAAAUUAUUUUGUAACACUCGUCAUAUUUUUAAAAAACUAGACUAGAAAAUUUUUGGUUUUACUAUUUACAGUAUAACAAAAUUUUCAUAUAUAUAUAUAUAAAUAUAUAUAAAUAAAUUGUUGAUAAUUUAUAAAUAAAAAUUAAAAAAAUAUACGUAAAAGUAAUCAAAAAAUUUCUAGUAUUACAAAAAAUAUUUUCACUUUUUCUAUAGUUUUUUUUAUUAAUGUUUUUUUUUUUUUUGUCAAUUUCAUCAUUAAACAAAACAUUCUAGAUUUUUAAAUAUAUAAACAAUUGUUUUUUAUGUAAAAAAAAAAAAAAUUUUCCGAAAAAAUUGUAUUUUUAAAAAAUCUUCCUAAAAUAGACUAGUUUUUAAUCAUUUGAUUUUUAAUCACUACUUUCCAAAAAAAAAAAUAUUUAAAUUUUUUUGUGAAAGAGAUUUAAUGUUUAAUAAUGAAAAAAAGAAGGAGAACUCGUCUCUCGCAUUCUAUGCGCACUUAAAAAAUAAAAACACAUGAAAAGAGAAAAAAAAAACACACAGAAACACGUGGCGUUAGGCGUCUUUAAUAAACUUGUAUAAUAAUUUGUAAAUACAUAUUAGUUGCGAAAAAAGUUUAUUAUAUAUAUUAAAUUAUUAUUAUUGCGAUUAUCGGAUAACGAUUAUUAUUAAUAUAUGACUAUUAAAUGCAAGUGUUUUUGUUAAGGAAAAAAAAACAAAACAAAAAAAAAAACUAAGACAUAGGUAGAGGUACACAUUAGGAGCGGUGGUGAAUUUCGUAAAACGUAACGAAAAAAAAAAAAAAAAAAAAAAAAAAAAACACUGGUCACACCUAGGUAAAGCAAACAUGAUGUAAAAUGGAGUAUAUAGUAUAAUAUAUUAAUAAUAAUGGUAAUAUAUAUAAAUAUAUAAAUAUGAGAAAGCGAAUAAUAUAUAGUACGAAUAUUAGAAAUGAGACCGAAAAAGAAAAAAAAAAAAAAUAUGGGCGAAAAAGAGCCUUUGAUUUUAUCACCCAAUUAACGACAUUUAUCAUCAAAUUUAAUUAAUUAUAAAAAAAAUUAAUAACAAGCAAUUAAUUUUGUUAUAUUUAAUUAAUAAAUUAUAUACAAUUAAUUAAUGUCUUUUAAUUAAUUUGAUAUAAUAAAAUUAAUUAUCCGACUCAGAGAAAAAUUAAUAAUAUAUUUAUAUAUUAUUAGAAAAGGCUUUGUAAAGAAAUCAUUGUUUUUGACACUUCUCUAUAAUGUAUGAAAAACUGUUAAGUUGAUGGUUUUUAGUGUGUGUGUGUGUGUGUGUUUCUUUUUUUUUUAAAACAAAAAUCAGAAAAACAAUUUUCUUUAUUUCAAACUUUUUUUUUUAUUUUGACAAAAAAAAUGUUUAUGAUUUUUGUUUUUAGAUAAAAUAAUUUUUAAUAAUUUUUUUAUUACAUUCCAUGUAUGCAUUCCAGUAUAAUUUUUUUUUUUCAGUUAGGUAUAAGUGAAAGAAUAUUAUUUAUUGUAUAUUUGGAAAAUUCUUUUUAGUUCUUUUGUGUAUGUUUUUUUUUUUUUUGGUAUUUUGAACUAUUUUUUUAUUACAAUUUUUGAGUGCGGACAUUUUUGAUAUAAAAAUUUCUCAAGGUCUCGUAGAAAUAAAUGCAAAUUGUAAAAAAUCGAAGGUAUAUUUAUAUUGAUACUUAACAGGUAACACAUAUCCAACAGAUUAGGGAAUAGCGAUAACAGCUUAAAAAAAAAAAAAAAAAAAAAAAAAAAAUUAUCAGUUUAUUUAAUUACAAAUUCUCAAAAAUUGUGACCUGAAAGAAUUUUUUUAUAAAGAAUUUUUUUUUUAUUUUAUUUUAAUUUUUUUCAUUAUUUUAUUAUUUAUUUUAAAUUAUUCAAAUUAAAAUUUUAUUCACUUUUUCUUGUUUCUUACUCUUAAUUUUUAAUUUUUUGUUUUUUUUUUUUUUUUUUUUUUUAUUAAUGAGAAUUCUACGCAGAGAAAAAAUAGUUUUCUGAUAAAAAAAAAGAAAAAUUAUUGUUCCUUCUUAUUGUCACAGUUUUUGCGUGAAAAAAGGGUUUGAAAUUACAAGAUGAGAUACGAACAAGAUGAUAUAAUUUUUAGGUUUAAUUUUUGAAAAAAAAAACGAAAAUUUAGCUUCAAAUUGGCGUAAAAUGGGGUCCAAACGAUAAAAUAAAGUGGCCAUAAGAACAAAAAAGUAUCACACCGUGUAAUUUUCAAGCAUUUUUUUUUAUUUUUUAUUUAGAAAAAAAUAAUUAUCACAAUUGGAACAAGAAAAUUAGUGAAAUUUUUUUUUUUUCAAAUCUAACUCGAUAGAAUAUUCGGAUUAAAAGAAAACAAAUUAUUUUAAUUGAUUUUAAUAGUUUUUGCUUUAUUAAUUUUUAACUUAAUUUUUAAUUCCAUAGUUUUGAAUUCAUUAGUUUAAAAAAAAAAAAAAUUUUUAAAUAAUUUUAUCAAUAAAUAAUUAUUAUAAUUAUUUAUAUCCCGUUUAUUAUUAAAUAAAUAAAGUACUUAAUUUUUAAAAUAUGAAAAAUAAAAAUUUCUUGAAAUUUUUAAUCCGAAUUUUGAAAAAUCGAGUUUGAUAUUAUAAAAAUUAUAAUAAUGAUCGAAUCGUUUUUAGUAUCUGGUUUGUAUCUUGUUUAAAAAAAAAAAAAAAAAAAAAAAAAAAGAGGAACAGUGUAAACAAAAAGAAACAGUUCACACGACAAUAAGGUAUCGAUUAGUUGAUUGAUGGGGAUAUAUUGUAAAAUACAAAUACAAACCAAGUAUACACUAUUAUAUUUAUUAUAUUAAACAGAAGUCGUCGUAAGCGAUGAGAGUAAGAACCAAAAAAAAAUAAAUAAAUAAAAUAAUAUUAAAAAAAAAAAAUGAAUAAAUAAAAUAAAAAUACACACGAAUGCAUGGGAAUAUGGUCUCUUUAAUGGGGCUGUUAUAUGGUGUAUUUAGUGAAAAUGGCAACCAAAAAAAAAAAAAAAAAACAGUUGAAAAUACAACGUGCCAUAAAUUUAUUGAUAAAAAAAAUAAAAGUACUAGAGCGCGAUCGAUCCAGAAAAAAUGGUGAAAUGUUUUUAGUACAAUGCUUAAUCGAAUAAAAAAAAAAAAACGUUAUCACAAAAAAAUACCAAAGGUUAAUUAGCUCGUUCGUUUAUAAUAAUUAUUUAUUAUUUAUUUAUUUCCCGUAGCCCCUAGAAGAUGACAUGGGUCAUGAAAACUUGAUAUUGAAAAAAAGAAUAAAAAAAAAAUGUUAUACAUCGAGAGAUAAAUACAAAAUUGCAAAACAGCAAAUUUUCCAUAUUCGGAAAUAUUUAAGGGCAGGAUUAUUGUUUUCGAUUGUUUUUUUUUUAUUAUUCUAAAAUUGUUAUUAUUUUCAAAAAGGAAAUCAAAAUUUAAUUUUUUAAAUGAAUAACCAGAUUUUCUUUUCAUUAGGAGAAAAAAAAAAAAAAAAAACAAUAAUUCCACCUUUAAAUAUGAAAAUAAAUAUAAAAUUAGAAUUUUGAGAAUAUUUUUUGACAGUGAAAAUUUGCUGUAAAAAUAUUUGUGAUUUGUUUUUCUCUCUCUCGAUGAAACAAAUUUUCGCCUGAGGUGUAAAGGGGGAAAAAAAAAGUUUGUAAAUGUUGAAAUCGAAUUUGAAAAAUGUUUUUUUUUUUCAAUAAUAAAUAAAAUUGAUAAAACAAUUUAAAAAUCCGGGAUCUCGUUGACUUUUGAGCUGAGCCUUAUUAUAAAAUGGAAACAAAAAGAAACGAAAUCCAGGAAUUUAUUAUAAAAAAAGCGAUUAUUAAUCUUAAAAAAAUAGAAAAAAAUGACAAUUUUUUUUUUUUAUUUAUAAAUUAGAAGAAAAAAAAUUCGAUUUCAACAUAAUGUGUACCUAUGUAAUAGACACAUUUUUUGACGAUCAAGACGUGAACAAUAUUGUAAACUAUUGUAAACUACAAUGUUACUACGUUUUACGAAGAGCUUAUUGUAGCCGAGAAAUUAUUAUUAAACACAGUUUAAGUCAUAAAAAAAAAAAAAAAAAAAUAUUGAGUGUAGCACUAACUUCUUUACACUUUUGCACGAGACGUGUGUUGUACUUAAUUAAUUAAUUAAUUAUCGAUAUGUAUAAUUAACGUUUUAUUACUUAGCUAUUAAACAAUUAAUUUAUUUAUUAUUAAACGAGAACAAAAAUGAAAAAACAAAAAGAAAAAAAAGAGAAAAGAAAAUCGAGUCGAUUGUGUUUAAUGUCCUUGUUGAUUGCUUAUUUUUUUUUAAAUUUAUUUAUUUUUUUUUUUUCAAUUAUGUGCAAUUAACAAUGUUUAACGCGUCAGAAGAGGCAUUUUGAUUUUUUUUUUUUAAUGAUAUUUCCAACAGAGUUGAAGGAAGAAAAAGAAAACUUUUUUUUUAAAAAAAGGGGGGGAAAAAAAAUUAAAUUUUGUUAUUUGAAAAAAAAGAGAAUUUUUAUCUCAUGUUUUUACUCCUUCCACUCUGUUGAAUGAUCACUGUCGACAUCGUUCCUCAUUUUCGUUUACAUUCAUGUGUGAAGUAAAAAAAAAAAAAUAACAAAAAAUAUAGGUACCUACUGUUAGGAUAGAUGUUCCUUUCUGUUUAAUAAAUUUUUAUAUUAAAAUCGA